UCAGUGUCUGUCAGUGCUGCUGUGUGUUUAUGGUUUACACCUACAUGGAGGAGGUCCACAUACAGUAGGAACCACAGUCGGUGGAGCAAUUCUUAUUUUUUACAUCAUGUAUCAGACAGAUUCUACUGUGUUCCUAUAACGAACUCUAAAGCAAAUACAUUUGCAUUUUUUAAGUGAUUACUAGUCAUAGGAUAGGGGGGUGUGAGGAAAUUUGCAGACAGCCAUGGCAACUGCAACGGUGGUGGAGGCUGACCCAUCUACGACCGAAGGCUGUGCCGCGAUGUCUGAUGCCCAAAACAUUGGAUGGAACGAGUCUCAGCUCCGAAAGUAUUCUUUUCAAACAAAGCCCAUACCGAGGCUCUCUCACACGGAUCCCCGAGCCGAAAUGCUUAUAAAUAACGAGGAACCCGUGGUUCUAACGGACACAAACCUCGUCUAUCCAGCACUGAAAUGGGACAUUCAGUACCUGCAAGAGAACAUUGGGAAUGGGGAUUUCUCUGUUUACACGGCAGAAAACCACAAAUUCCUCUACUAUGACGAGAAAAAGAUGGCCAACGUUGAGAAUUUCAUGCCGAAAUCGAGACGAAUGGAAAUGAAGUUCCCCGAGUUUGUGGAUAAAAUGCAUGAAACGGAGGAAGCGGAGGGGGAAGAGAGGGUCUAUCUGCAGCAGACCCUGAACGACACGGUGGGCCGGAAGAUCGUGGUGGACUUCCUGGGGUUCAACUGGAACUGGAUUAACAAGCAGCAGGCCAAGAGGAACUGGGGACAGCUGACGUCCAACCUGCUGCUCAUAGGCAUGGAGGGCAACGUGACGCCGGCACAUUAUGACGAGCAGCAGAACUUCUUUGCGCAGAUCAAAGGCCACAAAAGAUGUAUCCUCUUCCACCCGGACCAGUUCGAGUGUCUGUAUCCGUACCCAGUCCACCACCCCUGUGACCGGCAGAGCCAGGUGGAUUUUGAUAACCCAGACUACGAGAGGUUUCCAAAUUUCAGGAACUUGGUGGGCUAUGAGACGGUGGUGGGGCCGGGAGAUGUGCUGUACAUCCCCAUGUAUUGGUGGCAUCAUAUCGAGUCCUUGCUGGAUGGGGGAGAGACCAUAACUGUCAACUUCUGGUACAAGGGAGCGCUGACGCCCAAAAGGAUAGAGUACCCGCUGCGAGCUCACCAGAAAGUAGCCAUCAUGAGGAACAUCGAGAAGAUGCUUGGAGAGGCCCUGGGAGAUCCACGAGAAGUUGGACCCUUACUGAACCUGAUGAGGAGGGGACGUUACGACCAGGGCUCAAGUUAGGACGACGCAUUACAGAAACGCUUUUCAGACUGCUGCUGAAAAUGUUUGGGGUGAAAGAGAACAAUUGUGUGUGUGUGUGUGUGUGUGUGUGUGUGUGUGUGUGUGUGUGUGUGUGUGUGUGUGUGUGUGUGUGUGUGUGUGUGUGUGUGUGUGUGUGUGUGUGUGUGUGUGUGUGUGUGUGUGUGUGUGCACGUGUGUGUUUGAGAAAGAAGGGUAUUCUUGCACCUCUGGUGCAUUCUUAACAUUGAAGCUACCACUGCAUGGCAAUAGGACGCCUCCCUCACGCCACGUUGAAACCACUGGACUUGGUCUGCCUGCCGUAGGACAACAGGACACACCCUUUGGACAUUCGGGUCUGUUUUCAGAACACCAAGGCUCUGACUCAGCACGUUUUCAGUACAGGCCAGGCCUUUUGUGUGAGUCAGUAUUUGCUUUGAGAAAAGACCCACUCCUGAGCUGAAGCAUGCCAAAUUGGACUGAAUGAAUAUCCUGUUUACCUCACCACUAACACUUCAAGGUGAAGGUCGGAUGCUAGGUGGUCUGAUUGAUAGUAGUGUUGAUUGAUGAUUGAAGUGUUUUGUUUUGAGGCACCUUUUUAUUUGAACGCGUUUGACCACGAUUGGUUUGUAGCUGAUUUGGAGUUCAUUAGGUGAGAUGGACAUUUUUGAGGUUUGUUCCACAUGUCUUUAAUCGCAAUGUAUUCCUUAAGCUGAGGGUGUUUGAACUGCACUUCUAAUAUGUACAUUCGCAAGGUGUGUGUGUUUGUGUGUGUGUAUGUAAAACUGGCAGUCCUUUUCAUGAUUUUGUGAAUCCUAAUUUAUUUGACAAUGACUGCUUGAAAGACACCUUCUCUGUAUGUAGGGCUUCCAAUUAUCUUUUUAUUUUGUAAAUAAUAAUUUUUUGGAGUGCUAGGCCAAGGAAAAAAACUUGACUAUUGAUUUUCAGUGGUUGGCUUGUUUAUGCCUUUUUGGUUUAUAUUUCUAAGAGCGUUCAUUGACUCAUUGUGUUAACUUUCAUUUUAGUUUGCUUUUGGUACACAGAAUUGAAUCUGUUGAAUUGCAAAUUCAGCCCCAUUCUUCAAAAUUUAAAUAGAGCUAAUAUUGAGCUGACAACCUAUUUGGAAUGGUGGGGGUGAGUCCUCGGUGAAGCCAUCGCCCAUAUAUUCCCCAUAGCCUCUCGCUUCUUUUGACAUAGUGAUCCAGUUUUCUUAUCUCUUUAAAGGGUUCUGGCGGAGUCUGAGAACAUUGAUUGGUCUGCAUAUCAACAUCAGUAAAGAGCUUUAGAUUUUAUUUUAGAAUAGUUAUUACAAAAACUUGAAACAAGUUAUAUCAAGAUAUUGGUUGACAGAUAUUUGUCUUUGCCAAUGAUGGUUCAGCUCUAGUCAAAGUAAUUACUGGAGAUAUUUUGUUUAGUAGAUGUCCAACAUAGACUAAACAGGUACAGAAGUAAGUUGCAUAUAUAUAUAUAAUGUAUAUGGAGCAUGACUACCAACAAAGCUAAAAAGUUGUUUCAAACUUUGACUGCUUCGUUCUUCGUGGUUUUGAAUGCGGUAGCAUUGAUUCCCAGAAUGCCAGAUUUGUCAAUACAUAGGCUCGCAACAUUUGAGAAUACAAAUUAAUCAAAAAUCUAAAAAAAAACCUUAUUUACAGUUUUGAUAGUAACCAUGAGUGUCCUUAAGCGUCCUAGAUACAUUUAGAGCUCUCUAAAUUAAAAGGACUGAAACGUGUAUGGUAGGAGAUAAUUUACAUAUGUGCCAAACUGAUUGUACUGAGUAUUUAGAAAGCUGUUCCUCUAUGUUACCCUGGUUGCACUUCGUUUUCAAGGCAGGUUUACUAGACCAAUAUUUAACUUACUGAGUCUACUUUACAAAAUAAAUCAAGUUGUCAAAUGAAGAAAAAAGGAAAUAAGCUUUAUCGUUAUCAAAGUGAGGAAAGUACCUCAAUAUACUCUUGUGGAUGGACGGAACUACUGUUUUGGAAUAUUGUGUUUACCUUGUUCCUCAAUAAACUUCCUCAAUACCAAGCACCAAAGCUACGGAUGUUAAUUUCUGAUAGGACUCUGAUGAAAAGCAACACAAAUUAUGAUCUCCAAAAUCUAGCUUUUAUUUCUUAUAAAUAACAGUAAAUUGUAAAACACCUUUAGGGUUUCAAUGAUUGAUAGCUUCGUUCACGAUGACACAAUAUAACUAAAUACUUUGUCAGACCGGACAUAUUAAUAGCAAAAUUGCAAUACUUGUUUGUAUACAUAUAGGUCAACUCAGAACUUUAGGCAUCUAUUUUUAUACCACCACAUUAACACUAUAAAUGAUUGUAUGUGACAAGUAUACUGUUGUACAUUAACAGUAUAAUUCAUAAACGUAAGGACAAAUUCAUUGACAUGAUCCUAUGUUACUGUAACAACUAAAAGGAGUUCAAUUGUCACAGAAAAUAUCAAGAAAUUCCCUAAUAAAAUCCAAAAUGUUGCAGAAAGACCGGUCACGAUGAAUCUAAGUUAGCAAAUCUAGACCUUAAUAUAAAAAUAAAGAUGUUUUCGAUUGAACAUCACUAUUUUAUUAUAGUACUAAAAUGGCAAAUGCUUGUCCUUAGCUUUACUACGAAUUCAAUGAUUGAAACAUAAAAGGGAAUAAGCAAUUUCAUUGAGAUCUAUCCAAGUUGUCACCACAUAUUGAAACUUAUUUUGAUAUAAAGAUAUUUCUACACAUAUGAAUUCAUUGUUUACCAUAAUUUCAUGUUAAAAGAACAAUUCCGAUGGAACCAAACAACCUUAAGUUAGUGCAGUGUCAGACUGGCGUAGAUGGCAAAAAGAGAAUCAGUUGUGAGUGUUUAAAACGCAACGCCACUGUUUCCAAAAGCAAAAGGCGCAACCAAAAAACACCACACAAAACAGUUACACAACUACGGCCUGUGAAUAGUGUUACCAUUAUAAAACUAAAACAAAAUAACUGAGAUGAACCAAGGCAGUGUAUGGCAAUGUAAAAAAACCCAGAUUAUAAAACCAGACACAAAAGCAUAUUCCUUUACUUUGGGAAUUACCUAGCCAGUUCAGGCGCUAGCCAAUAAAACACCAUUGAGAAAAACAACAUGUAAACAACGUGGAUAGCUGCUCUCUGAAGGCAUGGCUAGUCAUCAAUGGAACCUGUAUUUGCGCGCGGGUUUUAUGCUGACGUACGUCUUCUUCAUGUCAUCCGUCUCCUCUUUCUUCACCAUCUGAUAGCGCUCCCCCUUUGUCGUCACCACCUGGUUGCCAUGGUAGCGCACCAACUUCUUUGGGGCCUGCAGAGGAGAUGGUCAUGUGAGGCGUGGUACAGUGAAUGAGCUGGAUGAUUUGUAGUGUAAAAGGAAGGUGCAGGACUUGCAUCUUUUGGAGCGACCGGCCGGUGUGUGGUCUUGUCCUCCUCUCGGUCUACCAGCAUGUACCUGGAAACACAAACCUGGAUUAGCCUUAUGUAAAGUAAACCUAGACUCAAGCACCUAACUCAUUACUAACGUUGUGGGGACAGCGUGAGGACCUUGUUUUUGUUAUUUUGGUCAGAGAAUUCAAGCAAAGAAAUAUAAUAAGAUUACAGAUCUGAAACCAAUGUGUUCAAAGUCUAUUGUUUUGAACACGGAGGAGAUCGGCAGGGAAUUUACAUAACUUGGCGACACAAACGCACUUAAACUCAACUCACUUUUCCAGAAUGGUCUCCUUCAGCUUCUGGUCCGCCCCGGCGGAGCCAUUCUUCCCCUGGUUUAUCUAGAGGUGAAAAGAUCGACCGGGUUAAUGACACGCAUGUCGCGGCGGAGCCAUCAAACCGUCGUGGUGGCCUUUGGCCCUGCCGUGGCGGCGGCCGGAGCUCACAUUGAGCGGGGAGGAGCUCAGCUUGACGUCUCCCUCGAUGAUGAGCCGCACGGCCUCCUCCAUGUCCCCCCUGGCGAUGGACAGGGCGCUGCGGGCCUCCGACAGGCCACACUUGGGGAACAUCUCCAGAAGGUACUGCUCCUCGGCCUCCCAACCCGACAUUGGACUCUGCCAGGGGAAAUAAUAAUUAGUAGA